UUGCAUCAACACAUCUCGCUACCUAUCGGCUGUACCUCUCUGCGUGUCUUUUAUUACAAACUUCCGAGAACGCGGAUUUAUGAACAAUACAAGUUGCGUCGCAUUUUCUCGUUACACUUUAGUGAUCAACAAAAUUGACAAAAAAAGAAACUGCGAAUAAAGUGAGAUCUAAUUCGAGAUCCUCGAUUGACAAGCGAGAAGCAGAAUGUGAACACCACCCGCGAUUCUAUACGGCCCUGACGCGACGGCCGUCCUCCACGUUACUCCGGGCGAGAGUUGAGCUUUUCGCAGAUGUUGAAGUAUAUAUUGGUGGAUGGCGAGCAACGAAACGCACACCUGGCCCAACGGCAGCGGCGACGCGCCGAUCGAGGAGGUGCUGCAGGAUCCAGGAUCUGUGAUCCUCUUCGUCGGCUAUCCACGAUGGCUGCUGCACUUCGCCGCCGUCUGCUGCGUAAUCUUCAUGCUGAUCGGUAUCCCGGGAAACUUCAUCACGGUGCUCGCGUUGUUUCGCACGAAAAAGCUGAAAAAUGCAACCGCGGUUUUCAUCAUGAAUCUCUCCGUGUCAGAUUUGAUGUUUUGCUGCUUCAAUCUGCCCCUCGCGACCUCGACGUUCUGGCACAGUUCGUGGCUGCACGGGCCUCUUCUCUGUCGAUUGUUUCCGCUUUUGAGAUACGGCCUCGUUGCGGUCAGCCUCUUCAGCAUUCUCGCUAUCACGAUCAAUCGCUACGUCAUGAUCGGUCAUCCCGGUCUCUAUCCUGUAUUGUACAAAACCAAGUACUUAAUACCGAUGGUUCUGGCGACAUGGAUCGCCGCUUUCGGUUUGUUAAUUGUCACGUGGUUCGAGCGAUUCGGACGUUUUGGAUUGGAUCCUGUUAUCGGAUCCUGUUCGAUCCUGCCGGACGUGAACGGCAGAAGCCCGAAAGAAUUUCUCUUCGUUCUCGCAUUUUUAAUACCUUGCCUCGCGAUUAUCGUCUGCUACGCCAGGAUUUUCUACAUCGUUCGCGAGACCGCCGGGAAGAGCAGAGGCAGAAACAAGAUGUUUAAGAUGGAACCGAUGGAAGUCAGUCAUGAUCAAGGAUCCUCGUCCACGAGGAAUCAGGAAGAAGAGCUCUCCGUUCUCAGCAUCGCUCCGAUUCAAGCGAUCGUCGCUCGCACGGACGAAGAAACCAAUCUCGAAUUAGCGUUCGUCAACGAGGUAUCGUCUUCGUGCUUCGAGCAAUCGAAUCACGAUCAACAAAGAACAAACGGCGUGACGAAAUCGACGGACGAUCCAACGAAAUCCGACGAUCCGAACUCCGGUAACGAUUACGACGCGAUUCGCGCGAGCUUGUUGGUGAAGGACAUACCGUUCGUGGACGAGCACGAGGAUUCGGACUUCACGGAGACGAAGUUGUUUCUGAACAGAAGUCAGAACGAACCGCAACGAAAAUCGUCGAGGAAUUCGCGCGGACGACUCGAGAAGUUGGCCAGUCGCGCGUCCUUCAUCGUCGAGUCCUCGUUACAGAGAAUCGCCGGUGGCGAUCGGCCCGGCGAGAUCGUUCGCGCGAAAUCAUCGCCCGAACGAUCUCCCGCAAACGACAAACCGUUUCGCAGGGAAUCGAAGUUCAAGACUGUCGACAGGACGCGAAUCAACGGCGGCGUCGCGUCGCCCAGAAUGUCCGCCAAGGAUCGAAAACUGUUGCAGAUGAUCCUCGUGAUAUUCUCGUCGUUUCUCGUCUGCUACCUGCCGAUCACGAUCACGAAGCUCUUCCACGCGGCGAUCGACUGGCGCGGUUUCAACAUCGCCGGUUACCUUCUCAUCUACCUCACGACCUGCAUCAAUCCCGUUAUCUACGUUGUGAUGAGCUCCGAGUACAGAAGCGCGUACAAGUACGUGUUGCUGUGCAAGCGCGAGCGGAUGCCGAGCAAGAGGAGGUUGCCGGGUUUGCUGACGCCCAGCUAAGCGCGUCACGAAAUAAUUAGA